AUGCGAACUGGGGGCAAUGGGCCUGAAGUACCGGCCAAGGGUGCCCUGUGCUUCAAGACCAUCAAGUCGAACGGCGAGGUCCGAACCGAAACUGUAACCCACGAUUCCUGCUACCAGGCCGCCCACUGGGUGCCGCUCCUCAUUACCGCCAACGCAGCCGCUUUGGGUCCCUAUCCCUACUCUACAGUAACCUUGGAGGAUGGAUCGGUGACGACCCCAGACGUCGAACUAAUCGACAGCAUCUUCAACUCCCGUCUCGCAUAUUAUGGAUGUCCUUCUAGCCAAUCCACCAUGUGGGCGGCUGCCGCGGAGGCAACCGGCACAGCCUCUCCCGGAUCGAGCCCCACCACCGGAACCACUAGCGCCGAGACGAAUGCAUCGGACGGUGCUGGGAAGACAACCUUCGGGGGCGUUCCGAGCUGGGUCUGGUAUUUACUAGUGCCAGGUCUCCUCUCGGGGGUCCUAUCAGCCUGA